AUGAAUGAGGCAAACAGAGGUGGCCAGGAGGAGAGAGGAAAAAACGAUGGAACAACAUUCGGCAGUAUUGGCAAGAGCGGGAGUAUGUAUCAUAAGAAUUCAAACGAGGCUAACAAGCACUUAUAUAACAAUGCCAAUUAUGGAAUGUAUGGUUCUUCAGUGAGUGGGCUAAGCGGGUUGCAGAAUUUUGGUGGUAUGAAUAAUGCUCACAAUGGAUACCCAAAUGGAUUUCAGAACCUGUAUUCAAGUGGUGGUUACCAGAAUAUGGGAUACCAAAUGGGUAGCUAUGCAAAUUAUCAAGGAAAUAACUAUCUUUAUAACAAGAAUGAAAAUUAUUACCAAAAUUUCAGGAGCGACGAGGAUAACACAAAUUAUUAUCAUCAAAAAGAUAGUGGUAGAAUGGGAGGAGUAAAAGGAAGUAAUAACAGAAAUAGUAGUAAAGAGAUACAAAUAGAAGAGGAAAAGAAGGAGGAACAAAACAAAAAUAUUGACAUGUCCACGAAUCCUAUGAAUAACAGUGAUAAUUAUGUAGAAUUAUAUAUUAAUAAGGUAAAGGAAAUAUACUAUUUUCACGUGUUCUAUCAUUACUUAAAAUUAGGAUAUCCAGAAAAAGAAGCUGCAAUAGAAUCAAAAAAGUACAUUUUUUUAACUUUAAAUAGAUAUUUCUUAUUAGUUAAGAAUGCCAUAUUAUCAUCCCCGGAAUCUAUCAACCAGAUAAAUAAUUGUGUUUCAUCAAAUUUGUCAUAUUAUCAACAGCAAACAAAUUUACAAGAAUUUUUACUAAAUCAGCAGGUAAAUUUGCAGAGUAUGAACUUAAGCAAUUUGAAUAUUGGAAAUAUUAAUAUACCCUUGACAGAUCAUGAGAAGUUGGGAGAUUUGUCCAAGAUAAAUUCUGGUUCCCUUGAGGGAACUGAGGGUAUAAAUGAUUCUCAUAGAUUCAACGGGAUUAGUGGAGGUAACAAUGAGACUCAUACAAAUGACAGUAGGGACAUGAAAAGUGGAGGGAACUCAAGUAAUGUGCACAAUUUCAAGGCAGACAAAAUUAAUAAUAUGAUUGAUUCAAUUGAAGAAAUGAAAAAGUUAAACAAGAAUAAAAAAGAAAGAAAAACAUUUUCUGAUUUAACUCCAGCUGAACAAUCAAUGGAGUUUCAAAACAAUUUAGUAUCAAGGAAUAAGAAUAUGAACAAUGAAAAUUUUGAUGAAUACAAUAUUGGUGAAGAAGGUAUGGAUGUUAGCAAUGGUUUGUAUAAUUCUCAUAAAAAGAAUAACGAUUAUUCUUAUAAUGAAAAUGAGGAAACAAAAAAAAAAAUCAGUUUUACUUUAAAUAAAUCUAGAAAUAAAAUAUUCCAGACAUAUAACAGAAUUGGAAAUGAUCCCAAUCGUAGGAUGACAAAUGAUGAAAUUCGUGAAGUGAAUGAAUUGGUUGAUGAACAUAAAACUAAGGAAAGGAAGAUGCACAUAAAUAUGUUAGGUUCGAACAUGGGAGUACAGGAUACAAAUAGUAUCAUGAGCAAGAGCUUUGCAAAUAUGAUGGCAUACGACAAACGAGGAAAUAAUAAUAACAACACGAGUGGUGGGUUAAGUAAUGACAUGCAUGAGAGAAAUGAAAUGAAUGAAAGGAAUCAGAUGAAACAGUCUAGUGGACUUUACACAAGUGUAACAAGAGAAAAUAAUACAAAUAGGAAUUUCAAUUAUGACCCUACAAAUACUCAUGAAUAUGCAGUUGGAAAAGAAGUUGAAGAAGCAGAAGAAAGGGAACAAGGGGAAGAAAUAAAAAGAGGAAGAGGAGGAGGAGGGGUAAAUAGCAAUGAAUACCACCAGUAUAACAAAAAAACGAUGAAAAUGAAUGAUUAUAAUGUAGAAAACAGGAAUGGUGAAAUACAUAAUAGUGAAAGUAUCACUAAUAAUAAAUAUAUUAAAAAUGGUAUGAGCAAUUUUAACAAUAUGGAUAAUAUGAUAAACAAUAGUAAGGAUAAUAGUAAUCAGUAUAAUAAAGAUUACAAUAAUAUAAAUUGUGGUUUGUAUAAUAAUGAAACUGAACUAAACGCAUUUUCCAAUGGAUUGUAUAACAAAUGGAAUUACAAGGCGAAUAUGAAUCGUGGGAAUCGUAUGAUGAAUGGAGGAGCAAAUACUACUGAACAGUUUAUGCAAAGUAGUAAACAUAAAUAUGGUAAUAAGUUACCGAAUGAGGAAGAGAAUACUCACAAAUCCUACAUUGAUGGUAACAUGGAAGAAGAGGAGGAGCAGCAGGAGCAUGAAGAGAAUGAACAUGGAAAUGAGAACAGAUUUUAUAAAAAUGUAAGGGAUGCAGGUCAUGGAAUGCAUCGGAAUAAUAGGAAAGAAAUGAGUAGUAGUAGGUAUAAAAUGUACAAGAGUGGUAAUAAGGGAGGCCGGAAGGGUAAUGAUGACGAUGAUAGAGACUAUACAGAUGACAAUGAUGAUAACACUAAUAAGACCCGAACGAACAUAACACGAUCGAAAGAACUUCAAAAGGAAGAUAACAACGAAUUAUCUGAAACAUGUGACUCGUUAAGAACUUAUAUAAAUAACUUACAAGAGCAGUUUAAACAUGAAUGCAAGAAUAAAGAAUUUUCAAAGGUUUUUAAUGAAUUCUUAAACAAAUUAAUUACUUGGAAUAGAAAGAGGUUUAUGAAUUCCAUGUUUUGGGCUAGCAAUACAAUGCCAACCAAGGAAGAUAUUCUUGCUUUGGAUGUCUUUUUCUUUCAGCGUAGAAGAUGGAGAAAACGAUUUUCUGCUGACGGAGAUCAAGAGAACAAUAUGCAACAUAACACACAUUCUAGUGAGAAAAAAAAGAAAUUGAGUGCUGAAGAAAUUGAAAAGAGAGAUAAGAGAUUGGAAAAGUAUUAUGAUACAGGUAAAGGGAAGAAGAAUGAACAAACAUAUAAUUCAUAUUAUAUUAAUUACAAUGGAGGAAGUGAAAGAGGACCAGAUGAUUUCAACAGUUUGGAGAAAUUGCUUGAUAAAUACAAUUAUUCAAGCUGUUAUAAGAACAAGAACUUUGUUGGUUUAUGCAAAAGUAUUCAGAAGUUUUUUUUUAGGCUUACAUCCCUACCAGAGAGAAAAAAUGUGAGGAGUUUUUCAGUUCUGAAAUGCACGUACGCUUACAUCCUGCACAAGUACAACAUUGAUAGGAACUACAAAUACAUCAAUGAGCAGUUUAGAUCUAUGCGACAAGACAUGAACAUACAGAAUAUUUUUCACGACGAUGUUAUUAAUAUAUAUGAAACGAAUAUCAGAAUAUGUAUUGUGAAUAAUGACUUGUUUCAGUUUCUUCAGUGCAUUAACAAAUUAUUUGAGUUGUAUAGACGGCUUAACAUAAACAAGUCGAAGAUUGAAUUUCUAUGCUACAAGCUGAUAUACUUAACUUUACAAAAUAUGCACCAAGAGUUUCUGGUAGAAUAUGUGACAUUGAGUGAUGAAGAAAAGAAUCAUGAAAACAUACAAUUAUGUUAUUACUUGAAUGAGUGCAUAAAGAAUAAAAUGUACUUAGUAAAUAUCAACAUGGUUUCGCCAUUAGAUGAUGAAGUAAAUCAUGAAUAUAUAUAUUACAGGAUUUAUGUGAACGAUCAUAUAUUAUCAUAUUUGCCCAAUCUAAUAGAAUUAAACGAGAAUGCUGAUUUGAAUGUAAAUUUGGAUUCUCUAACUGAAUUUGUAAAACAGCACAGUGAAGUGAAAACUGAGGAAAAUGCAGAAUUUCUAAAUGAAUGUGAAAAAAGGGACCCCAUCAAAAUGCCAUACCUCACAAACUAUUUGAUUGUUUUGUUUUUGCCCAAGUAUAGACUAUUGGCUCUUAUAAAUAUAUGCAUGACUAGUAUCAAAGUCAGUAUAUCCACACUAACGAAACUGCUAAAUUUUGAAAACGAUGAACAUUGCUUAAGUUUUUUGGAAGAAGUUAACACAAUUCUGAAAAAUAAUGAAGUUAUUAGUAAGCCCUCGCUGGAUAAUCUCAUGAAAUCCCCGCUUCUCAAAAAUAAAUACAUUAAUCACAUCAGGUGA